AUGGCUCAGAGUCGUCAGAAGUCCUAUUCUGACAAGAGGCAUCAUGACUUAGAAUUCAUGGUUGGUGACAAGGUGGUUUUGAAAGUUUCACCAACGAAAGGAGUUAUGAGGUUUGGUAAGAAAGGGAAACUUAGUCCUAGAUUUAUCAGACCUUAUGAGAUUAUAGAAAAGAAGGGGAAAGUGGCUAAUGAACUAGCGUUGCCCAUUGAGUUGUCCUCUGUUCAUCCUGUCUUUCAUGUGUCUAUGCUUAGAAAGUACAUUUAUAAUGAAUCACACAUAAUACCUGCCGACAUCAUAGAAAUUAAAGAAGGUUUGACUUAUGAAGAGUUACCUAUAGAAAUUCUCGAUAGGCAAGUAAGAAAGUUGAGAACAAAAGAUAUAGCAUGGGUAAAAGUUUAG